CGACUGCAAGCUCCAAGACUCAAGUUCGUCCAGCUCCCUCGCCAUCUCUGAUCCCUCAAGCCACCGGCCGCAUGCUCCCUCGGGAGAUCUCCAAGACUCGAUGAGCUAGUAAUAAACACGCUCUAACGCCAGCCAUCCUGGUCCGCAGUUCGUAUGUAUCUACCUAGUACUCCGUAAUCAUAUUAUCAUUCAUGACCCCCUGAGUUAUUACUGCCUUCCUUCAAAGUUCACGCAGAAACCGAGGUCAAAGCGAUAAAAUGUAUUUAUAUUGUAUAUAUUAAUGCGGAGUACUGCGCACAGGAAAGAAAGCAGGAAACGAUAUAUUAAAUCUAGAUUGGAGUCCUAGAAAGUUGCACAGCGGUUUCAUCAACGAACACAGAGCGGCGCCCGCUCCCUGUAUCUGCAGUACGUACGGUAACAAUAAGACCAACGAUCAUCAUUAAUCUCGUCAAUCAACCUUCCUGUUCCACACUGUCCUUCGCCAUCCUGAUCCCCGUCACUCGUACGAUAGCUGCAUCGGCCUUAUUUCUGCUUUCUCACUGAAAUCCCUCUAAUAGCUGCUUCCUGAUUGGAUCUCUCGCUCCAUGAACUCUCCCUGAGCCGUGCCUGGCUCCGCAGACAGCUCCAAGUGUCUACGGCUCUUAGUAUACGAGGUUUACCUUGUACCCACGCUGAUCAUGAAUUGAACGGAGCGCUCUCUCCCUCUCACUCUCCCAUCAUGCGAGGUGCCAUUGCCCCUAUUCCAGGAGACGGGAAGAUCGAUAUCCGAAUCCUCAAGCCCCCUCUACGAGCUUUUGCGGUGGGCUAUCUUUCCUCCACUGCUCCCAGACUUGUAUCCUAUUUGACACGUUCCCGAAAAAACAAAGUAGGUCAGAAGCGGAGGUUUGAAGAGUUGGCCGAGCUUCUUAUCAAAGAUACCCGCUUCCAUGCUUUCCCAUCUUUUCUUGCUCUAUUAGUCGGCGGCUCAACAAUAAUUCCCGUACUGGCUCAACGGCUUGCUGCGUCUAUCGCUACUAGAUUUCGUUUGAGGCGCGAUGUCAUCACCUCUUCCGCUUUUGUACGUCUUACUCGGUUUAUCUCUGCACUUCUGUCCGCGUGGUUCUGUUUCCGGAUUUUAAAUCGGAGACAUGACCGUUUGCAGAGACAUUAUGGCGGACAGAUCGAGGAUGCAUCGGAAAAGCAGAGUGCAUCUGAUCCGACUGAUUCAAUUGAGCAGCGGCAGCGAAGAAGCCCGGAGUUUGCUGGAAGCACACUUGACCUUACCGUGCUGGUUGCCACCAGAGCAGCAGAUGCGGUGGCUUGCAUAGGAUGGGCACGCUGGCGUGCCUGGCGCAUGACUCGCAACCGGUGGACACUUGCCGAAUCUGUCGCUCCUAAAGUCGCGGAUGCGGGUAUCUUCGUGCUUAGCUCGGCGGUCAUAAUGUGGGCUUGGUUUUACCUUCCGGAGAGACUUCCGAGGUCCUACGGGAGAUGGAUCGACGAAGCUGCGCAAGUCGACGCACGCUUGAUUGAAGUGCUCCGUCGCGCAAGGAGAGGGGAAUUUGUGUAUGGCAAGGAUACUGGCCAAGCCCCCUUCCUCCAGACCAUGUGUAAAGACUAUGGAUGGCCAAUGGUAUGGGGAGAUCCUGCCAAGACGAUUCCGCUGCCCUGUGAAGUGGUGCACAUGGGCUAUGGCCCUAAUUGUGAGAUAUAUGCAGCUCGUCGCUUCCUGAAAACGUUCAAGUUCGGUUUUUGGACAUACUUUCCUCUGCAGGCUGCCCUCCGUGCUCGGGGGCUGAGAUCAAUGCGCACACUCGUUCGGAUUGCAUUUGAUGCAUCCCGGUCAUCUGCGUUUCUCGCCUUGUUUGUGACACUUUUCUAUUACUCUGUCUGUCUUGCCCGAACCCGACUUGGCCCGAAAGUUUUUGAUAAGAAUAAAGUCACACCGAUGAUGUGGGAUUCUGGUCUGUGUGUCGGUGCUGGGUGUCUCAUGUGCGGAUGGAGCGUUCUUGUCGAGAAGGCUUCCAGGAGACGAGAGCUUUCAUUAUUCGUGGCACCCAGGGCAGCGGCGACUCUGUUGCCACGGGUCUAUGACAAACAGUACCAACACCGGGAGCGUAUUGCCUUCGCCGUCUGUGCAGCUAUCCUUUCAACUUGCCUCCAAGAAAGACCGGAGAUGGUCAGGGGUUUCUUUAGAAAGAUUGGAGCGCGACUCAUUGCAUGAGCCGGCUGGCAUCUCCAAUGCCUUCGCCGCAAUACUCAUCUGGAUCUUAUUCUCCUUCACGACUGUCUACAUAUAUAGUAGUUUUAUGUUUGUAUGAUUACUCAUCUGAAUAUUGGAGCAGGAGUAGCCCAUUCUCUGCCAAAAGUAUUCAAAUCCAAUCUAAUAAAUGGCCUGGA